UUCCCCCCAAUUUGUCACAGGCCUGCGGAACCGGAGAACGCGGCAGUCUUACUGGGAGUGGCCUCGAACGAAGUCUCGUCGUCUCCGGAGUCGCGGUACCCACCAAGGCAGCUUGACAGAGCUACAGAGAGCUCUUGGAUCGGAUCACCAGGAACGAAUGCCACAUCGAGUCAUUCUGACCUACCGCAGAAAAGGGAAGAGCCGCCCUUGCUGCAUGACAAGCCGCCAACGGCCCAACAGCCACCAGUACCAUCAACCUCGGGUGCAGUACAACAUUUGUCAUCCCAAAAAACACUACUGGAACCACCUGGAGCGAUACAAUUGCAGCAGCGUCGCGCCAGUGGUGGUUUGUCGGGACGAUGUCCAGAUUGUGGUAAAAAACGUGAGGACGCUGUUUCGUAUACGAUUGAGGACCUUGAUGCUGUCGAUGGUGUACCACUGGAGAGUAAUUUUCCAGGGCAGGUUUGCACUUGUGAUGAGAAUGCUACAGCUGUGAGAACACCAGAUCCAUCGCCUUCGUAUAAAAAGCCCCAUCCUGAUUUGCGAAAAUAUAGGAGCGUCGAGACCUCCAGGUGGUCUAGCAAUUAUUUGGCUCCUGACGAUGCUGUUUGUCAUUUGUAUACGACUGACGAUGCUAUCUGGGGACUUCAGAAUGCUGGUGAAGAUACUGAGUACCGGUGGGAGUUGCACACGUCGCGCACCGAUGUCGAUCUUCAUCGAAGGACCAAGUGCAGCUGUCAUGAUCUUACCCCUGAAGAGAAGCGUCAUCCUGGCCGGGCGGAUCUCAAGAAGCAUCACAGUGCGGAAACAGAUAAAUGGUCUCUUCGACACGAUCCCUUGGGCUCAGAGCAUCAUGACCUCAGGAAACAUCUCAGUGAUGCAUCAGGCAUGGCGCGAGAGCUGGGCCAACAGCCUAUGGGAAAGACCCUUCAGGUGCCCGAGGUCAUGCCUAAUCCGAAGCCACGGUGUACGUGUCCAAAGCCCAAAUUUCUGACGCCGUCGCCACCCGCUGAGAAACGAAGUCAAAGAUUUCAGGAUCAGGAGAACAAGGUCAUGUUCUCAAAAUCAUUGACUCCGGAGGAAUCGCUGCCGGUACCUGAAAAGAAGCCUGAACUGAAGAAGACGGUGAGUGAGGAUGUGCGAGCGCCUCUACCGAGAAGAGAGCGCGGACGACUGGUUCAACAACGAGCUAUUGAGAAAUCCUCCAUCAAGAAAUGGGAGCCAAAGGAGAAGGUUGUCAGUCCAGCGGAGGAACGGAAGGCGCAGCGAUCGAAGUGGGCAGGAAUGACACACUUUUCCCUCCAGCCGGAGAAGAAGGAGCUCAAGUAUGGCGACCCGAAGAGUAAGAGUCUGAAGGAGCGUCAGAGGUAUAGUGUUCGGAGAAGUCUAUCACCGGAGCCAGAUCCUCGCGGGAUUGUCAGAGUUGACAGUCGUAUCGUGAAACGCCUGAUCUCUCCAGACAUCACCAUCACGAGCGAUGCAAAAUGGGCGCCAUACGAGGGCUACUCUCCCCUUCCAAAUGUAGGAAUAAAAAAGAGAGAGCCAAAGCACAUUCGGGAGAUCAAGUGGACACCCUACGACGGUUCAGCAUCUGAACUGAGUAUCCUCGAGGUCCCCGAGGAGGCAACUGCUGCCGACGAUUAUCAUAUAACGCCGACCUGUCACCCACCGCCGCGAGCACCAUCAAUGAAAGAGGAGGACGACGAAGAGGAGCGCGCUCGCUGGAGAUUUCUCAAUCAGGUCUCUCCUUUUCCAAUUUACCAGGGCGCUUGGAAAGAGAUAUCCCCAGAGAGAACUCCUCCGCAAACUCCCGAGGACUUGGAGCCACCGAUCUGGACGCCAAUGGAGCCACCCGCGACUCCGGUAAAACGCCGAAAGCCCUCGCUCAUCGCCGAGCCGAUACCGAUUCCCGUAAAACUUGGAAAGGAAUCGCGCAAGGAGAAGAAAAGGCUGAAGAAGGCGGAGAGCGCUGUCGCGAGAGAGGUGACCCUCCGGCUGGCUCCGCCAACAGUCAUCGUGAGGGCUUCCAGCGAGGACCAGCAGAAGGGCCGCCAACGUCCUCUGCUGACGCGCUCCAAGGCACUUCUCGAGGUACCGCGCAAAGGAAUCGAGAUAACCAAGCGAUCGCACAGCGAAGAGGUCCCACGAUAUCGUAGCCACGAGAGCCAUCAUGGUCCCAGUCGUGCAAGGAGUGAAGAAUCAUCAAUGUAUCCCUGGAACGACGACGGCGAAGUGAGGCAGUACGUUACGACGGUCUAGGACACCUCCACUCAUAUUUUCUACUACAUUUUACUGCCUGAGGUGAAUGAAGAAACUGGAGGGGGCAAAAUAAUUACUCAUAAUUUUUUUUUAUUAACAUCGACGGCUCGUUCCUCUUUUUGUUACCAAAAGGCCGGUCUACUAAGCCAAAGCGAAGAAAAAAAACAUUACAAUUAAAAAAAAAAUAACAAAACAACUCGACAUUGACUACUUUCGGCGGCCUACGCUAAUAUGAAACCAUAGCAGAGGGAAAAUUAGAAUAUUGUGCAGCUAGGACGCAAUCGCGAAUUUACACAACCCUGUGUUUUUUGCGCCCGUGGCCCACAUGGGGGUUUUUGUCACGCCUGCGCCGUCACAUUGUAUUCCAUUUUGGUCUUAUCGACGGAGAAAAUUAUUACUUUUUCCCUCCCAUUGGGCUGAGGAAAUACAAAGCUGCAGGCGUGAUGAGAAAGAAAAAUGUUAGAUUAAAAUCUAACGACAUCAAUUGCUCAGGGGCGAAAAUAUAUGGCGAGGCUUGAAGGUGGUAGUCCUGGGGGGGCGUAAAUGAAUUAUUGCACAUUCUCAAUAAUUUGCUGGACGUUAAUGGUGGACAAAAUGAACAUGGUGAGACCGGAUCCAGAUAUGAAGGGCAAGGAUAUAAUCAAUAAAUAGUUAACGAAUUUUAGUUGUUGCCUGUGUAUUAGUUGGGAGUGGGGUCGAUGAAUAAAUGAUUUGAAUCAAUAUCGAAGAUCGUACGAAGUGAGUUGAUUAUUAAUUAAUUAACUAGCAUCAUUGGCAGUUCAUUUUUACGAAGGGGCUGUUCAAAAUGAGGUCAAGUCAUUAACAUUUUCGAUAAAAAUAGGAUUAUUUAUCAGGUGAUGAACAAUUGUUAAGCGAUAAUAAUAAACAAUUUAGAAUGAUAAGUAGCCGUGAUUUAAUGAAUGAUGAUUAAUUAAUUAAUUAUAAAGAUAGGUAUUAACUACCGCUCAGUUUGUUACUAAUUAACGAUUUCAGAUAAAGCGCUGAAUUAAAUAUUUGAUGAAUUAAAUAAUUGUCAUUCAUGAAGUAUAUGAAUAUGAACAAAAAGGGAGAUAAAUUCGUGAUAAAAUUACAACAGUUAAUAUGAAAUUGCGAUAACCUGGGAUUGCUCUAGAAUCUCGUAUAAACUAAUGUAUAAGUUUACCUUAGGAGGUGGAUUACCACUGGUGUUAUCCAGUGGUGCCGUGCCGGGGUGUGCAAUGUUAAUUAGACAAAAAAAAUCAAUAAGAGGGAAUCGGUUAUUAGAAGUUAAGCCAGGUAUCAAGGGUAAGUCAUUCGAUAUUUAAUUGCUAACAAUUAUUUGAGAAUGAGAUAAUCGAUUUGAGAAAUGCACUUCUUACUCGUAGGGACUAUUAAUCGUACUUUUCAUUUACAUUGGAUACUCCCUAGGGUUCAAAUUCCCUCCCCUACCCCACCAUUAACGAUGUGCUGGGUUCAAUAGUGCACGGAGGGGGUGAAAUGUUUAAAUCUCUCCCUGUGUCAGCGAGGGUGCGAGGGCUUCCCGAUCUUUCAAUUUUGUGGAAUUCCUUACCCCCCGAGAAUGAAAUUUCAGAGAGUCUCCACUGUAAAUGAACAAAUAAUGAACGAUGAGCACGCACGUGCGAUGUUGGGAGAUUUUCCAAUGAUUUAGGUUGUGCUGUCUGUGAUUGCGUUAUCCUUUCAUUGGUAAUAUUGUAAUUUUAGGGCGUAAGUGCGUAAGGACAUCACUAUCCAUCUUCUACGAAUUUUUCUUUAUUUUUGUCGAUUUUUAAGGACGUUGGUCGAUUUACUUUACGUUAUUCGGGAAUUUUUAAUAUUCUCUAGAACUAGAACUAGACGAAUUAAGCCACACACGCGUGUAAAUUCCAUUGAAUUGAGUAAUUACGUCAUCGAUGUAUAUAAUAUGUAUUGAUAUACAUUUUAAUGAGUUUUUGAAUGGUUGAGUGAAGCACUGUGAGGUGUAAGCACCGGGUAGAUGAUUCAUCAAUGAUCACGCAUGUUCAUUCAUUAGAACUAAUUAUUGCAUUUAGUGGUGGUCAUUUUUUAAAUUGAAACCUGGAGUUUUAAUGAUUCUCACGCAUUAUGAUUGUUCUGUGUUGGUAGUUAUUUCUCUAAAAACGUGCGCUAUCGAGAUAAUUGCGUUUUUAUCCUGAAGGAAGUUGUCUUUUUUUACAUUAUUGAGGAGACUGAAUUUUGAUUGUUUUAUUGUUUAAAUUUUUAUUUGUUUGUGUUCCGACUCGAUAGUAUCGUCAAUACUCACUGAUAUUGAAUUAUUUAACCAUUUAACUUUACUCAUUACCGAGGGAAUUAAUACUCCAACGACGUAUUCAAGGUAUAAGAUCAAUUCCAAUAAUUUUCUCAUUACCAUUAAAUUAUAAUUUUGAAUGAGAAAAAAAUUCUACUAGUGAUUCGUCGACAUAUUACCGUCCCGCAGACAACCCCUCUGUACCAUGAUCCUCUGUGAUUGAUUAACAAGUCUGCGGAUCGCUGGUAGUAUUGUAGUAAAGUGAACUGAGUCAAGUAUGUGAAGAAUGAAAACUCGAUAUCGACAAUUAUUUAUAUAUAAUUUAAUUAAAAGACCAGUGAAAUGCUGCAGUACAGUGUAUCGGUACUGUCAUUAGCAUAGAUGAAUAUUCAAGAGGAUAAAACUGAGCAAUAGGAAUAUUUCAUGAACAUUCCCAAAAAAUUGAAAAGAAUCUUUCUUUGAAUUUUGAAUACUAAAAAAUAUUGAGGGGUGAAUUCAUGUCCUCUUAGGUCUGUCUUGAGGGAUCAAAUUAGUGUGGGCACGAGAAAGGUGAUAGGAUUUAAUGAGAACAUUAUUUUAAAUAAUGUAAAUAACUGAAAAAAAAUAAUUAAUGACGAGCCAGUGCCGAUGGGCCGGAGAAUGAAUUUUAUUGACUUCUUCAUUGAAACAAUGCAUGAAAUAUUCCUAUUGACAAAAAACUAAUGAAAGAUGAAAUUUUGUCGUUCAUUUUCAGACCUGCAAAUUAAUCACAACCCUAGCAAUUCCGUUCGCAUAACCGAGAAGAUAAAUAAUCUGCCGAACCGAAGAAAUUCAACGUUGAAUAAUUAUAAUAGCCAUAGUUGAUAUAAAAAAUGUCAAGUUAAUUUAUGAAUGAAUUGUGAUUACAUUAAUUGUAAUUUCCUUCAGUUUAUCAUUCUUCAUUGUUAUUGUUUAUACGCUUCUUACGAUACUUCUAGUCCGACUGACAGUGAUUUUUCUGUUAAUUUAGUUGCGUUAGUCAAUUGAUUUCAAUUAGUUAAGAAUAACUCCGAGUCAAGUCCGUUAUCUGCCCCCCUCCCCUCUCUGUCUCUCACUAAUCGCCCGACGAAUGAUUUGUGAAACCGAUAAUGAAAAAAUUUCUACAAAUUAUGACGUUACUGAAAAUAUUAUUCCCCCUGUAUAGCGCAAUGCCAUUAUCUGUGCAACAAUACCAAUAUACAAUACCCGUAAUAUGAGGUCAAUGUUGAUUUGUUUAAAUAAAUGUAAGUUCGAAAAUUUU